AUGACUGAUGCCACAGACUUUCUGGGGGACAAAGAGAUGCAGUUAGAUGAGACUUCAAGUCAGGACUCCCCUCUGAGGAACUCCAUUGGGCAGGGCAUCAAGGAGUUGUAUCAGGGUCAACAGCUCUGUGAUAUCACCCUGGUGGCUGAGGGGAGAAGGUUUCCAUGCCAUAGAAUACUCUUGGCUUCAGUCAGCCUCUACUUCCAGCGCAUGCUUACUAGCACCUUCAAAGAAUCACGGGAAGGAGAAAUUGUGCUUAUGGACUUAUCAGCCACUUGCCUCCAGAGUCUCCUGGAUUAUGUCUACACUGGGGAAUUGCUGCUUCUUGGAGAAGAGGCAGAAGAACUGUUCACUGCAGCCAGUAGACUUCAGAUUACUUCUGCACUAGACAUUAUCACCAGGUUUCUCAGAGAAAGGAUUUCCAUGGAGAAUUGUCUGGAGCUUUAUGUGCUGUCGUAUUCCCACAAUCAUCGCCCUCUACUCCACUCAACAUCAAGUUACAUUGCUUUUCACUUUGAGCACCUCUCAGAGCUUCCUACUUUCUUGUACUUGGAUGUUGGUAUCCUGAUUACCAUUAUUGCUUCAGAGAUCCUGGUAGUGGACUCCGAACUGAUUGUGUACAAAGCUGUGCGUCGCUGGGUCACCUUUAAUCUUGCCGAGCGUCUCCCAAAGUUUGCAGCACUUAUGGAUUAUGUUCGCCUUCCCCUCUUGACCCCAGAGGAACUGGCUGAGGUCCGGGCUCAAACAGAAGAAUUUUAUGAGUGUGUGCGUCUCCCUUGGGAGGAGCUUAGCGUGGAAGAAAGGUUGUGGGCAAGUAGAGGGCUGAGGCAUGGCAUGUAUCACGAAGGAAUGGUGUGCGUGGGUCUCCCAAAAUGGAGUGAAGUCAACUUCGAGGAUGAGAAGUUGGAUUCUCACGUGCAUUUCUUUGACCCUUCCAUUGAUCAGUGGGAUCAGCUCCCUGACCUGAAAUCAGUGACAUCUCCCAGUUGUACCUCCAUGGGCCAUAAACUCUACAUAUCUGGUGGGCAGCAUUUAGAUGGUUCGUAUUCUGACAACCUACUUGUAUAUGACACACUUGGGGGCUGCUGGUCCCAGCUCCCCUCCAUGUCGGCAGGUCGAGCUUGGCAUGCUUUCCUCGUAUGCAAGAAAAAGCUGUAUGUUGCUGGUGGCUGGGAUGCUACAGGGACACUGAUAACUGCGGAGAGCUAUGACUUGGAGCAAGAAGAAUGGAUGACCAUCACUAGCCUUCCCUUUGCGCUGUCCUAUUUUGCUUCCACGGCACUCAGGGGCAAACUAUACCUCAUUGGUGGAGAGAUGGGUGACUCUGACUUGUCCAUUCCUCACAAGGGAUUCCUGGUUUAUGAUGUCCUGUCAGGAGCCUGGUCCCAGAUCCCCACAGCCUUGGAAUUUUAUGAAGCCAGUGCCGUCACAUUGGGCAGCAACAUCUUUGUGGUUGGUGGGCUCUCCGGAGAGGAUGCUCAAGGAAUCCGUCACUUCACCCAGCGUUGUAUUUGCUUGCUCAGAGAUGGCACAACCAAUCCGAACAUCUCUGUCCCAUUUCUUCCCAUAGCCAUCUCUUACCCUGGUGUUGCCUGCUGGAGGAAGAGGAUCUAUGUCUUUGGAGGAGACAGCAACAACCGUUAUUCCAGCAUUAUCCUUUACUGGGAGCCAGGCCAAAACGCCUGGAUCCAGUGCUCGGCAAGCCUACCUGAUCCUAAUUAUGGGGCAUUUGGGUUUGGCUGCAUACCACUUAAGGUGCCGCAAAAACAUAUCCUCAGCAUCUUUCAUAGGGGAUCUGCCACAGCAAUAACAGAGCACGCGACCUGCAGUUAA